AUUUGAUCAACAUCUGCUGAGUUCUCUCUCUCUCUCCUGCAAACACAACGAAGGUUUCUCUCUCUCUCUCUCUCUCUCUCUCUCUCUCUCUCUCCUGCAAACACAACGAAGGAUCGACACCUCGGCCCCACUCCACGAGCCCAUCGAUCGAUCAAACCAAAUAGUUGAAGGAACAGCCCCUUCCAUUAUUUUACUCGUAAAGUACCCACAGAAAGGCCAAUUCUUACCGUUACACCUUCCCGUCCCUUUUCACUUGCCUCCCCUUCAUAACCACAUAGCUUCGAUUAAUUGCUCGAACGAACACAAUCAGAAUUCUUCCCAGCCCUUCAACCAUGGCAACGACGUCGGUAAAUGCCUCAAUCUUCAUCUUCCUUUUCGUAUGCCUCCACUCCAUUUACUCAGCGAACGCACAAUCUUUCAUCGGCAUCAACUACGGGCAAGUGGCCGACAACCUCCCACCGCCGUCGGCGACGGCGAAGCUCCUCCAGUCGACGGCGAUCGAGAAAGUGAGGCUUUACGGCGCCGACCCGGCGAUGAUCAAGGCUCUGGCGAACACCGGGAUCGGGAUAGUCAUCGGCGCCGGAAACGGCGAUAUUCCGGCGCUGGCUUCCGACCCGAAUUUCGCGGGUCAGUGGGUCGGGUCGAACGUGUUGGCUUACUACCCGGCUAGCAAGAUCAUCGUUGUUAACGUUGGUAACGAGGUCAUGACAUCAGGGGAUCAGAACCUCAUCUCGAAAAUCUUGCCCGCCAUGCAGAAUGUCCAAAAUGCCAUCAAUGCAGCUUCCCUAGGUGGGAAGAUCAAGGUCUCAACAGUCCAUUCGAUGGCCGUGUUGACUCAGUCUGACCCACCCUCCUCGGGGGCUUUUGACCCGAGCUUUGGUGACACAAUGAAAGCGAUGCUGGCAUUUCAAAGAUCCACCGGUUCACCUUUUAUGAUCAACCCAUACCCUUUCUUUGCGUACCGAAGUGACCCAAGGGCUGAAACGCUGGCGUUUUGUCUUUUCCAACCCAAUGCAGGACGAGUCGACUCAGGAUCUGGCAUCAAGUACAUGAACAUGUUUGAUGCUCAGGUUGAUGCCAUACGAGCUGCCUUAAACGCGAUGGGAUUCAAGGACAUAGAGAUAGUGGUUGCAGAAACGGGGUGGCCAUACAAGGGCGAUCCCAACGAAGUGGGGACCAACAUCGACAAUGCAAGAGCCUACAACGGGAACUUGAUAAACCACCUCAGAUCAAUGGUUGGCACCCCAUUGAUGCCUGGAAAAUCCGUGGAUACAUAUAUCUUUGCUCUCUAUGAUGAGGAUUUGAAGCCUGGACCCGCCUCAGAACGGGCAUUUGGACUUUUUAACCCUGAUCUCUCCAUGACUUAUGAUGUUGGUCUUUCCAAAAGUAGCCAGAAAACGACUCCUACUCCAGCACCAACUCCAGCGACUCCCACAACCCCAACUACUCCAGUGACUCCCACCACGCCAACCACUCCAGCGGCUCCAGCACCAAAACAAGGAGGUUGGUGUGUUCCAAAGUCUGGUGUUUCCGAUGCCCAACUGCAGGCUAAUCUAGACUAUGCCUGUGGCCAAGGCAUCGACUGUAGUUUUAUUCAACCUGGUGGCGCCUGUUUUGAACCAAACACUGUGGCGUCACAUGCUGCUUUUGCAAUGAAUCUCUUAUAUCAAACUGCUGGCAGGAAUCCCUGGAACUGCAAUUUCUCCGAAACAGCAUGUCUCACUUCCUCAAAUCCUAGUUAUAAUGCUUGCAAUUACCCAGGUGGGGGUACCUUAAGUGGCCGAUUAGAGGCGCAGGGCAGUGGAAAUAGCUCGACUUCGGGAGCACCUCCGAAGCGCCUAUAUUACGUUCUCACAUGUAUAUGCGUUAUUGUACAUAAUGUUGUUUCUAUGCCUCAAUUGUUGUAAAAAUAAUCAUGUCUGGCCAUUAGAUAAGUCAUGUCAUGUUUAGUUCAUUGGAGAAAUAACUCCUCGCCUGGCUUUGGAGACGUUCAUGUUUCCUCCUCUCUCUCGGACAACCGUAGUCAUAUGAGGAUAUAUAUAUAGUGGCUGAAAUGGCCAAUGGGUCGCAACCAUUGCCUGA